CGCGCGACGGCUCUAGUGUGAACCAUGGGAGGAAGCUGGUGGUGGGCUCGGGUCGCUCGCCUGGCCCGACUCCGCUUCCGGGGGUCGCUACUACCUCCUCAGCGGCCCCGGAGCGGGGGCUCCCGGGGAUCCUUCGCUCCAGGCCACGGUCCCCGUGCCGGGGCUUCGCCACCCGCAGUGUCCGAGCUAGACCGCGCGGACGCUUGGCUCCUCCGGAAGGCUCACGAGACAGCCUUCCUGUCCUGGUUCCGCAAUGGCCUCCUGGCUUCGGGCAUCGGGGUCAUCUCCUUCAUGCAAAGUGACAUGGGACGGGAAGCCGCCUAUGGCUUCUUCCUGCUCGGCGGCCUAUGUGUAGUGUGGGGCGGUGCCUCUUAUGCCGUGGGCCUGGCCUCACUGCGUGGGCCCAUGCAGCUGUCCCUGGGGGGCGCAGCAGCUGGUGUGGGCGCGGUCCUGGCCGCCAGCCUGCUGUGGGCCUGUGCUGUGGGUCUUUACAUGGGUCAGCUCGAGCUCGACGUGGAACUGGUGCCCGACGACGACGGUGCAGCCACCGCCGAAGGCUCUGAUGAAGCCGGCCGGCCGCCACCCGAGUGAGCAACAGGGCUGUGGGGACCGACUGGCCUUAGGAAUGGGACAUUAAAACCUGAGCUGCCCUCGCUCCAGAUUCCAGACUCAGAGUGGUG